AUAGCGCGAGCUGGAUUCCCUUUGAGGAGACGUGAUCUUUUCAUGGAAGAAGCUACUCUGUGUGGAAUGCUAGGUUAUCGACAGUUUUUCCGGUAUCAUUGGCUUGAAAAUAUCCUGAGCUGGCAGCGACGAAGUGGUUGCUUUGGGGACGAUGCCAUUGACAGUAAAUUCAUCGCACCGAAAGGGAAAUCCAUGGAUGAAGAGUUUAAAAGAACGGUAUCCAAGAGAGAAGAGCGCGUUUUGAGUGAUCGAUGUCUCGCGCACAAGACCACAGUCGCACUUGGUGCGCUGACGCAGUACAUGCGAUACUUGCUACUAGCCAUGGAAAAACAACUGCAGACUAUUUAGAAAAAAAGUCCGAAGCACUUAAGAAUAUAACAUGUAUGACAUGGAUGGGAGUUUAUUGAUUAAAUUGUUAAAUUGAACUCUUCUGACUUCACAGAACACUUUUGCGCGUUUACAAAACAGCUCUCCAUUAUGAAAAGGCGUAUCGACAAUAACAAAAAUAGAA